UACAAUACAACAGUAUUGUCCAUAAUGAUUCUGUCCAAUACAACAAUAUUGUCCAUAAUGAUUCUGUCCACUACAAUACAACAGUAUUGUCCAUAAUGAUUCUGUCCAAUACAACAAUAUUGUCCAUAAUGAUUCUGUCCACUACAAUACAACAGUAUUGUCCAUAAUGAUUCUGUCCAAUACAACAAUAUUGUCCAUAAUGAUUCUGUCCACUACAAUACAACAGAACUGUGUCUUCUGCUCCGUCCUCAGUGCCCCCAGACAGCACACAUCAUAAACAGUGUUUUUUUCUGAGGGUACCUCAUGGCUGAAUGUCUGAAAAAUGUCCCAUUCCUCCAGUCCCAGAGGUGGAGGGAGAGGGCGACAGCAUCAGCUCGUUGUGUACCCAGAUCGCCUCAGCCUUCAGUGGGCCUCCUGAAGACCCCUUCUCCCAGGCCCCCAUGCCCCGACCAACCUCCACCCCACAGUCACCUGUAGCUCCCCCGGGGGCUCAGCCAGCACUGCCCCCUCCACUUCCUGCCCGAGACACUAACCCCUGGGCCAAGACUCCUGGCCAUGCAGGGCACCAUACCCCCCCGACCUCCACCUCAGCACACCCAGGAGGUGAUUGGACGACACCAGUGAUUGUAGCUCCUCCCUCCGCCACAUCGUCUCCGUCUCACCACUCCCACCGCCGCACGCCGUCGGAGGCUGACCGUUGGCUCGAGGAGGUCACCAAGUCUGUCCGCGCUCCGCAACUCGGGUCCACAGCCCCCUCCCAACCGUUCCUCACCCCCAACCCACCAGCCUUCUCCAUCCCCCCAACCCAGGCUUUCAUUGUCCCCAUGCCUUCCACCCAGGCCUUCCCU